CCCGGGGCAUCCCAGGCUUUGUAUAAAAGCAGAAGCUCUGCGGAGCUUUUCCAUCGUUCUCCUGCUUUUCUCCUCUCCAUCAGGACCCUCCACCCCAGCCAGGAAAUGUCCUGCUAUGACCUGUGCCCCACCACUGGUGGCAUCUCCUGCCCACAGCCCGUGGCCAACAGCUGCAACGAGCCGUGCGUCCGGCAGUGUCCGGACUCCACCGCCCUCAUCCAGCCGCCCCCGGUGGUGGUCACCUUCCCCGGCCCCAUCCUCAGCUCCUUCCCCCAGCAGGCCGUGGUGGGAUCUGCUGGAGCUCCAGUUUUUGGCGGCUCCCAGGGUUUUGGGAGUCUGUACAGCUCCGCGGUUUUCCCAGGAUACGGCGCCCGCUCUGGAUACGGGAUCUCAGCACUGGCCGGUGGCUCCUGCGGCCCAUCCACGUCACGUCGCUUCAGCCGCCUCUUCCGUGGCUCCUGCGGGCCCUGCUGAGGGCACCAGAGCCUCCAGGGAAUCCCGGGAAUGCCCAAAUCCACGGCCAUGAGCGUGAGGGGUCGGCAUUUCCGUGGCCCUCUUCGCAUUCCUGAUCUUUCUCCUAAUUCUUGUUCGGCGCCUCCUCAUUGUUUGCUCUCGCUGCCUAUUCCGGCAUUCCCGAUUUAUCACACUGAUGUGGGACACCCCAUUCCCCAUUUAUUGGACCAGCAUGGGACAGCCCAUUCCCUGUUCCAGCAUUCCCAAUUUAUUGGACUGAUGUGGGACAGCCCAUUCCCAAUUUAUUGGACCAGCAUGGGAUAUCCCAUUCCCUAUGGAUUUCACCCACAAUGACCAAUAUCCUCGGACAAGAGCCAGGAGAAGCCGGCUGAGGACAUCUUGGAGCAGAACUUUGGUUGGACUUUCCCCGAAAUUAUUUGUGAAUGGAUUUCCCCCAAAAUAUUCCAGGAAUGGAUUUUCCCCAAAAUUGUCUGAGAAUGGAUUUUAUCCUAAAUUGUGCAGGAAUUGAUUUUCCACCUUCUGUGAUCUCUGGCUUUACAAAGGGGCAUUUCUUGCUCAAUAAAACUUUGUUGCAUCA